GGAUAAGGGUCACAGUUGUCACGGAGACUUGCCUGCUCCUCUGGCAGCUGCUGCUCCUGCUGUCCAGAAUGCUGUGUUUGUGGUUCUCCAGAGGCUCCUGCGUGGCGGCCCUGCCAGGGACACUGGUGUUGCUGAGUUCUGCCCUGGCUUUGGCCAGGGACACCCGUACCUUUUUCCUGGAGCAGGUUAGACAUGAGUGUCACUUCUACAACGGGACGCAGCGGGUGCGGUUCCUGGACAGAUACAUCCACAACCGGCAGGAGUUUGUGCGCUUCGACAGCGACGUGGGCGAGUACCGGGCGGUGACCGAGCUGGGCGAGCCGAGCGCUAAGAACUGGAACAGCCAGCCGGCUACUCUGGAAGACCGGCGGGCCCAGGUGGACACGUACUGCAGACACAACUACGAGAUCAGUGAGAGCUUCUUGGUGCCGCGCCAAGUUGUGCCACAGGUCACCGUGUACCCUGCCAAGCCCCAGCCCCUGCAGCACCACAACCUCCUGGUGUGCGCAGUGAGUGGCUUCUACCCAGGCAGCAUCCAGGUGCGAUGGUUCCGCAAUGGGGAGGAAGAGGAGGCUGGUGUGGUGUCCACAGGCCUGAUCCGGAAUGGAGACUGGACGUUCCAGACCCUGGUGAUGCUGGAGACGGUUCCUAAGAGUGGAGAGGUUUAUAGCUGUCAUGUGGAGCACCCGAGCGUGAGCAGCCCAGUCACUGUGGAAUGGAGAGCUCAGUCUGAUUCUGCGCAGAGCAAGAUGCUGAGCGGAGUUGGGGGCUUUGUGCUGGGACUGCUGUUCCUGGGGCUGGGGCUGUUCAUCUACUUCAGGAGCCAGAAAGGGCGCUCUGGACUUCAGCCAACAGGGCUACUGAACUGAAGUGAGGAUGGCGACACUCAGGGAAGAACCUCUGCCCUUGGCUUCAUAUCAGAGGAAGGUUCUUUGCGCCCUGUUGUUCUCUGGAGAUUUUGGUUUCUCAGGUUCUGUUUCCCGUGUGAUUUAGUGACCUGCAGGAAGAGUCCUCCCUCCAGCUUCCUCAGCCUCUGACUUUGACACAGACGUCCUGAUACUGAGGGCGGUGCCUUCCCUGACUGCUUGCUGUUUGGCUCUGUGUUUUACCCUUACUGCCUCCCCUGCUCUGAUCUCACAUUACUUUAUGACAUUUUCCCCAAUAAACAUGAAAUAAAAAUA